GGGGAGAGCGAGUAAACAGCUAUGGCGUCUGUCAGUGAAUGAUUGUUCUUGACAAAAUACUUCGUUAAUGUACAAUUUGUAGGACAAUUUCUGCAGUCUUUAUUGUGAAUAGAAAAAAAUAGGAGCUCGUAAUGUCUUCGCAACGACCGGACGACCACCGGAGGAAAUGGAACCGAGAGGAAUACGAAAGAAUAGCACUUCAGAGACUGCAGGAUGAAAUCGCUGAGGAGGAUCUCGGGAUUCCGAAACAACCUGCCGUUAAACGUGAAUUACUCAAACAACGCGACUACAAGGUCGAUCUGGAAUCCAAAUUGGGCAAAAGUGUCGUAAUCAACAAAAAUACACCAUCCUCACAGACGGGAGGAUAUUACUGCAAUGUAUGCGAUUGUGUUGUCAAGGAUUCCAUUAAUUUCUUGGACCACAUCAACGGAACAAAACAUCAAAGAAACUUGGGAAUGUCUAUGAAAAUUGAACGAUCAACACUGGACCAGGUUAAAGCGAGAUUUGCCGUUAACAAGAAAAGGAUAGAGGAAAAAAAGAAGGACUAUGAUUUAGAACAGAGAGUAAAAGAGCUUAAGGAAGAGGAGGAAAAAAUCAGAGAAUAUAGAAAAGAGAAGAGGAAAGAUCGAAAGAGAAAAAUUGAGGAAGCAAAUGAGGAAGAGACUGGAGCUACUGACGAAAUGGCCGCUGUUAUGGGAUUUUCAGGUUUUGGAUCGAAAAAAAAAUGACAACAAAUCCGAUUAUCAUAAUUAUACAACUUUAAUUACGAUAACGUUGGUCUUUCAACGUUUGACAUUCUUGAUAAAUAAAAAGAAAGAAAACAAGAAAAAAAAUCCUGUUAAUAAUGAGCUAUGCCCGAAAGUUAUUACUAAAAAUUACGAUAAGAAAAAAAAAUGAAAAUCUAUUUUAGUUUCAAUCGAAAAUGUAAAUAAUCAGAUAUCAAGAACAAAUGAAAUAAGCGAAAUUUUUCGUUCCAACGAAAAAAGAAUCUUUCAAAAUU